GUUACUACAAAUCAAACCAGAAGCAGGGAAUAAAUUACUGUCUGAGAACAGCUUAUUAAAAAGUAUCCCAUUUGAUGAAAUGUUCCUUGGAGAGGCGCAGGUUCAGGAGGCCUAUGAUCUGCCUCAAAGGCCAAAUGAAGCCCAGAUUUUCUAUGGCAACAUGAGCAAAGUUAUGCUGUCGCUAUUUGGCACUAUGGAAAUGUCAGACUCUGGAGAGAGUGACCAUAUGGAGUCCGUCAGACCUUCACAACGGCACACCUCUGAAUCAGACAGUUCUCUACUCAGCGGUUUGGGGUCAUCGGGCCGCUACAUCAGUAAUGUUUCCCUGGAUGUGCUACCAGUCAAAGGUCCUCCAUUAAGUCCAUCAGAACCUGUGCUGAAACAAACAGAGCUGAACCUAGAGAACACCUGGAGCAUCAAGCCUGAACAGCUGGUUCUCACUGCACCCACUAUCAACAGUGUGGCUGACACCAGACAUGUGCAGAUACUGAACCGCUCGAACAGAGAGCUGAGCUUUGAGCUGUCCUGGCCAGCUCACUGCCUUACCAUCACCCCACAGCACGGAGUCAUUGAACCACAGUACGAGACUUGCAUAUAAACAAACAUCGGGAAAAUCAAUGACUUCACAUUUUGUUCUCAUUUUUAAUUGAAAGUACAUCGCUUAUAUAAAUGUUUAGCAUUUA